AUGACCCAGCCAGCUGGUGACCCAGCAUUACACGCAUUCGAGCUUCCAAUGAUAUCCCAACCGCUGCACAAUAGUAUUCCGCCGGAGCUACUUCCUCGGUAUGACCCAGUCUACGUAGAAUACUACAACAAGUACAAUGCUGGCCGACUCCAUACACACGAGGUCCCGAUAGAAGAGUUCCGCAAGAACCCAGCCCGGUAUAUCAUUUCAUAUGGGCGAGCUCGGGGUCCGGACAUCUUUCGCAUCACUGAACAGAAAUGUCCGGUUGAUGGCGGGGAGAUCACUGUUCGGAUCUUUGAGCCAGAGCCCCAACUGGACAAACAAGAUACCCCGAAGAAGCGAGCGGCCUAUAUCAACUUCCAUGGAGGUGGUUGGGUGUUUGGCGGGCUUGUCUACGACCAUGACUUUUGCAAGAGAGUUGUUCAUGGCCUCGAAGGAGACCUGGUUGCAUUUGAUGUUGACUAUCGAUUGGCACCCGAGUACAAAUAUCCAGUUCCUGUCGAUGAUUGCUGGACGGCCUUCAAUUGGGUCCGUUCCAGAGCAACCGAGUUCAAUCUUGAUCUCAAUCGAUUCGCAGUGGGCGGCGCAUCAGCAGGAGGUCAGCUUUCGGCUGUCAUCAGCCAUCUAUGUCGCGAUCAAGACAUUCCUCUGCGACUACAGAUCUUGACUGUGCCAGUGACGGAUCUGCACCGAGUUUUCACGCCGGAAGGGAAGUUUGAUCGAGAGCGUUGUCCCUACGAAUCCUACCGGGAGAUGGAGUUUGCGCCCGCACUCCCUGCCGCACGUAUGGCAUACUUCCAUCGACAGUUCCUGGGGGACUGGAAAAUAUCGCCAAUUCUCGCUCCUAACUUUCAGAAUCUGGCCCCGGCGUUGGUGACUACCGCGGAGCUGGACCCAUUGCGCGACGAAGGCGAAGCAUAUGCAGCGAAACUUCAAGCUGCUGGCGUGUUGGUGGAGGUCAAUCGAAUCAUGAGCGCAUCACACCUGGUCACUAGCCUGGAUGGCAUCUUGGAAGGAGGGCGACGAUAUAACGCGAAAGUGGUUGAGACGAUGAAGCGCCAACUCAAGGGAUGA